GUCGUAGUCACGCUCUUUUGUCCCUUUCGUUGGAAAACGGCUCGACAGCAUCCGAAUGGGACAAGAAUAUCGACUAACGGACGCUUUAAAGGUUCAACGGAGACGUACAGUGCGUGCUUAGAGAGUGGCCUGCUGCCAACACGAUGAACCCUGGCCAACAGUUGCCAAGCAUACCGCACUGUUGCUGCCUUCAUGGACGUGCUGGUGGCAUUGUUCCUCCUGUCCAGCCCAUGCACUGCUGUGCCGCUGAGGGCCACCACUUCCGCAAAUGCGAUCAACCUUCAGGGGUCGAGCUCGUCAGGGGCAGGACUCCACAGCAGUACAGAUGGCCGCCUGUCAACAUUCGCUCCACCGACAAAAAUGACAAAGUCAGCUAAUGAUGCUUCCCUGCUCGCAGCCGACAGCACAACUGCCUAUCCUCGCCAAACUUCAAUAUUGCCUGCAUUUGUUCACAACACCCCUGAAGAGAGUUUUACAGUGCAUGAAGAUUUCUCAUUAAAUAAGACAGUAGGCAGUAGAGAUGCUCAAAGCUCAUCAAAUGACAAUAACUCCACCAUAGCCAGUCUGGUAACACAAACUUCUGAUGACCUCCUUAGUUAUGAACUGAGCUCGCUCAAGAACAAGUCAGGCGACAGAUGGGUAGGCACAUUCCCUGGAGGCAUGCCGUCAGUUGAAGUGACAACUGUACUUCCUUCUCAAAAAGAGCCGAGGCUGGCUGGUAAAUCAUCAGUUGUCAAAGUGCACGAGGCGCCCUCACAAAGUGUUGUUAAACAAGACCUGACGACAUCAUUGCCAAUUACAGUUCCUAGUGUUACCACUCACAGCCAGUUUGAUAAUGAAGAUCUGCAAGUUUCAGCUGAAAGCCUGAAUACUUUAGAAAGUACAAGUCAUUUUCUACCAAGUGCAAGUUCUAAUGUAACAACUCACAACUACUCUACAGUACAAAGCCUGUUCACUACAGCUGGUUAUGCAGUUUCUGCCAAUUCUGACGUGCUAGACAUUACAGCCACACCAGAGACUAGCACACCUUUGUCUCAAAACGUCAACGUCCAAGCUCCAGUACCCACACAAACAAAAAUUAGUGAAAGCAGCAAGAUAGUGGACAUUGAAAUUCAGUUAAAGAGUCUUGUGUCAACACAAGGUGAGACCAUCCAGCCUUCAACCCCAAGUUUUACACCUCCUUCCUUUUUUUCAAGUCAUGAAUUGCAGAGUGUAACAUUAAAUAAGAGUUCUUUAUCCGAAACGCCACUGCCAGUGGACUGCACAUCAGUGAAUUGCACAGAGCAAUCAUUUCAAUUAACUCCAUGGCUGCCUUCAGUAAGAGGUUCAUCUGAUAUGACCCCAGCCUCUUCAGUUGAACAUAGCGCUGCACUGGAGCAAAGUAUAAGCUACGAACCAGAUGAUAGGGCCACACUGCCUCUUGAGAAUACUAAAACAAGCACCCUCACUGAACUGCCUAUUCCUGAAUACAGGACAGUUGAGCGUGGCACUUAUUCAGAGCAAAAUAGAAGAUUGAAACCAGAUGAUAGUGCCACAAUGUUUCUUGUGAAUAUUGAAACAAGUACUCCAACAAUGCCUAUUCAAAACAGUGCACUUGAGCACAGCACUACAGUGGAGAAAAUAACAAGCCAGAAAUGGAAUGAAAGUACCACACUGCCUCUUGAGAAUACUGAAACAAGUGCUGUCACAGCACUCCCUAUUCUUGAAUACAGUGAGUACAGCACGGUUGAGCACAGUACUGAAUCGGAGCAAUAUACAAGCCAAAAGCCAGAUAGUGCCGCUCUGCCUCUUGGAAACAAUGAACCAAGUACUGUCACAGUACUGCCUAUUCUUGAUUACAGCACAAUUGAGCAGAGUACUAAAUUUGAGCUAAAUACUAGCCCAAAGCCCGAUAGUGCCACACUGCUUCUUGAGAGUAAUGAACCAAGUACUGUCACAUUGCUGCCUAUUCUUGAAUACAGUACAAUCAAGCACAUCACUGAAUUGGAGCAAAAUACAAGCCAGAAACCAGAUGACAGUGCCACACUGCCUCUUGGGAAUGAGGAAACAAGUACAUUUACGGAACUGCCCAUUCCUCAACACAUGACACCUGAGCGCAGUACUAAACUGGUGCAAAAUGCAACCCUGGAGCCAGAUAGUGCCACACUACCUCUCGAGAAUAAUGAAUUAAGUGCUGUCACAGUACCACCUAUUCUUGAAUUCAGCGCAGUUGAACAGAGUACUAAAUUGGAGCAAAAUGCAAGCCAAAAGCCAUAUAGCACCACACUGCCUUUUGAGAAUAAUGAACCAAGUACUGUCACAAUACUGCCUAUUAUUCAACAUAGCAUGAUUGAGCACAGUACUGCAUGGCAGAAAAACACGAGCCAAAAGCUGGAUAACGAUGCCAUAAUGCCGCCUGAGAAUACCGAGGCGAGCACUGUCACUGUACUGCCUAUUCUUGAAUACACUACAGUUGAGCACAGUACUACGUCUGGGAAAGAUACAAGGCAAGAAUCAGAUAGUGCCACAGUACCUCUCGGGAAUAAUGAAACAACCACUGUCACACCGCUUAUUUCCCUAGAUUACCCAGAGAUCGACAACACAUCAGUGGCAACUUUUUCUCUGCAAAUUAUUGAAACACCAGCCAAGGUGACAAAGAUUCCACCCACUUCCAUAUCUGUUGCCACCUCAACAAGGGCUCAUUCUAGUGAACCAUUGGUCAAUGUAGCAACACAAAUUGUCAACAUGCCCACAGAGGAAACAACAGUGACGAAAGAAGCCAACGCAUCAGAGAGUUACUUUGACACAUUUUCUUUGGCACCAACAUAUGAUAAAGCCACAGUGGUGAUGCCAUCUCAAGGUAGACCACUUCCUGCUACAUCACGUACUUCAGUAGCUGUGGUAUUAAGUACAUCAGAUUUGGGAGAUACUGCCACUCGUUCCGAAAUGCCAGAUCAAGAUAACGCAACAGAAUAUGGUGAGGCAAGUUCAACAGGCACAGGCAAAACUGCAGGGGUGACUGCUGACACUGCUACUACACAUUUGGUAGGAGAGCAAGUACAUCCAGAGUCAAUGGAUGUUCUUGACUUGAGUGAGUCAACAUCAGCUGAACAUUUAACACCCUGGGAGGAAACUGAUGCUAUUCGUCAGCAGCUUGAAACAUUGCUGGCUAUUGGUGCCAUCACUGAAAGCAGCGUGUUAGCGAGCUUCCCAUAUUCAUCAAGUGAGGAACUUGCUAACACCACUUUAGAGGUCACAACUACACUGCCUGCGAAUUCUUCUAGUCCAGCAGGAAGCGAACCAGUUUCACCUCGUACUCCAGCUAUUGCACCAGAGGGAAAGCUGACAUCACCAUAUGUGGAACAGAGUACCACAGAGAAAGGCAGUGUUUUUACAGCUUUGCCUUCUGAAAUGCCAAGGCAUGGAAGCACAGAAAACAGCACUUUGUCAGUCUGCGUGCCCUUGGAGCCGCCGCGGAGACCGUCGCAUGAGUUUCGGCUGGUAUUCAACACCUCGGCCGAGUUCUCCUGGGAGCAGGUCGAGGCCCUCGAAAAACGCAUCCAACACUUUUCCAAUGACAGUGCUUGCCCACGCCACUUCGCACGCACUGCUUUUACCCUUGGGCCCCCACACGAGCUCAGCUGGACCGACCCUUCAGCCAAUGCAAGCUGGUGUGACAAUGGAGCCGUAGACACAUUGUUGCAGGCCAUGCGCACGCACUCAGGUCACCCAACGCCCGAGGUGACGCGAGCUUUCUACCCUGAGUUCAAAGUCGUCGCUGUUGAACUCCAUUACCGUGGCGCUUGCACGGACCGCCGAGGUAUUGCAUCAUUCCCUGUUGUAGCCACGGCUAUCGGUGCUGUCCUCGCUGCAGCGCUCAUUGCGGGCUUGGUCCUCUGGAGGGCACUGCGGCUGGUGCCCUCACGGUCACGCAAGCUCAACGUCACCAGCCAAUCCUCUGCUGUGCCUCGUGAGUCGUUCUACCUGAAGCAGCGUCGGCCCGUACUCUUGACGGGGGAGAACAGGGCUGGCAGCACCAAUGGCACUCCUAGCAAGAGCCCACACACCAAGCCCAACCCACCAUUUGUGGUAGACACGGAUUUCUGCUACAUCAAUCCCAACUUCCUGGAGGUUGUCAAACAAUCGCCACCACCUCCACCGCCAUACCGAAAGUCGCUCGACAGACGCAGCCUGGACGCCAUGCUCCCUGCUCCACCUCCGAGACCACUGCACGGUCCUCACUCAACUCUCGGGAGUCGACGACGAGCCGAGCAGGACGAAGGAUCAUCGAGUUCGGGUGUUGAGUCAGAUGCGCAACCGUCGGGGGAGGCCAAAUCCAACGAGAGCAGUUGAAAGUGAUGAACGAUGGCUUAGUAGCAUUCCAGUUUUCUUGUGAAUAGUAAUUCCAUUAUUUAAGCCCGUCCUCAGUCAACAUAUACCCAAGCUUUCUCUUGGCACCAGUUUCAUGUGGCUGUCAUAAAACAGCAGUGGGAAGUUGGGCAAGUUGUUUCAAUAUUGUCAUCAGAAAAACAGUAGAAAACUUGCAAACAUUCCCAUAAUUGCCUGCUAUGCACGUGUGAAUGAUAUCAUGAAACAAACUUCAUAGCUACCCUCACAUAACAAUGCAGGUCCACACCCAUAGGCACCGGAAAAAGUAAGGACACGAGCAGCUACAUUCAAUUCACCAGAAAUUGUGUAACCACGUAUACAGCAUAAAAACAAAUAGUUCACACAUUUUCCACUAGCUUAUCGAUCCAAUGUACAGACAAUGUGAUUGAAUUCGUGGUUUCAUAGUUGCUUAUACCAGAACACAUCCAAUCAAGUGUUCACAUAUUGGGUCUGUGCAUGAAAUCUCUAAAACAGCACAAGUAAUUAUUGCUUUCCAAUUUUUUUUAUUCUGCACAGCCCCUAUGUUCUGUGUGAAACUUGCAUUUGUGACAAAAGAUUAAGCAUACUUUAAAUAAAAAUAAAGAACACCGGUGAGAUGUUGCAGAAGACGAAUGGCAGUCCUUGUGAUAUGCUAUAGCGGGCAUUGUGCGUUGUACCCAAACAGCAUCUCAGUCGUUUUGCUGUGAAAUUAGAGAGACACACAAUGGUUUGCUAACUGCUUUUAGUCUGCUGAUAUACAUGAAAACAACUGUGCUUAGCAGAUGUCCAAGCAACUAGACAAACAUUCAUUCAUAGCUAGUUGUAACCUGCUCUGCACUCCAUACUAAGAAAGUCGGCUUUAUUGAAGGAAAACAUCACCUCAUAUACUGUCUGUUCUGUUUAGUGUCUUAAGUUAAUCUAAAUGAAACAUCUGAUUUUGCGUGCUUUUGUUAUGUAACUUCAUUUGUGCUAUGAGCUCUGUACUGCUGCGGGGAAAUUUUGUACAACUUUCACUGCCAUUAUAAGUCUGUGAUUGGGUUGUCAACUUUUGUACUGACUGUUGCAUGUGCCAGGCAUACUCAAAGCAAUAACUUGUAGCAGCAAUUCAGUUGAUGCAAGAAAUUAUUAGUGCUCCUGUUGUCCGUUAUCCUGUGUCCAUUGUGUUAAGGAUAUGGUUAUUAGCAUAGCCCACACAAAUACCCACAAUGUGAAAUGUUUCUUGACACAAUGUAAAGGAAAAAAUGCUCGAACAACACAGCGAUUGCAUUACACGGGGCAUGCAAGAAGUUAAUUAAAACAGCAAACUUGGGGUGAAAUACAGAAUGGCAUAUUGCUGUUGCAUUGAAUGAUUGCUCUGCUGCUGUAAAAUACCUGUUUUACAUGCCACUACCACACAGAAUGUGCUCUUGUGAUGGAUGAAACAGUCAAGUAAUUCACAGACACCUAAUGUAAAAUUCAGAAUAAUUAAUACAAAAUGUUACUUCCAGCAUGCGGCACCUGUUCAGGUUAUAUGGCAUGCAAGCUGUGUGACAUGACCUAUCUACCAGUCCAUUGUACAUGUGCUUUUGGUAUCGUGUGGCCUUGCCAUGUGCUUUGCCACAAAUGCUGAAACUGUAAUGUGUGCACACAACCUUGGUUGGGAGGGAGCACUUUUGAUUAUCUGUAGAAGACUUUAUGGCACGAAGAUGGUUUGUUUUCAUUCUUAUUUGGUUGUGUUUGUCCCAUGAAUUUAGAAAGCUGUGCAAUGUGCUCACUUUCAUAGAGCAUUCAACAAAGGCUUUGUGUAAAAUUGUGUUCAUCUCAUAACACUGUUCAAAUCACAGACGUGCUCAAGUGUGAUUUGGCAGUGAAGGUUCUGCAUCUGUUAGAUGACACAACUGCUCUGAUUUGCAAUCACUUUUUUGCUUUAUGUAGCAUACGUUGUAGACUUUCAUAGACUACCAUCUCCAGAGAUCACCAAAAGCUCUUUUCUUGUGUGUACAUAGAAAGUCAUCAUGAUGAUGACACACUAGACCAUGAAGCCAGUCUUCACGCAACUUUCCAGGCAAAUAACACAUUUGAGUCGCACGCCUGUGUAUCCUGCUUUCAGCAUGUGGCAACCCCCAAUAAGAAAUAUUUCCGUGAAAGUGAGAUGGCGAGUCAACACGGUUGUAAAUUCACUGGCUGGCAUAUACUAGGCGCUGCUGUAGAUGCUGUACUGACGACUAUGCAUUCCAGAGCUUCUUUAUUUCCAUUAACUAGUCCCUGUGCUUGUACUAGCAGAAGUAAUGUUAUUUAUUGAAAUGUCUCAGAAAAUAUGUGUUGUGUAAUUGUGGCCUGAAUGUAAUUGAAUAAAUAUUUGUAUAUGUAGAACA